AUCCAAGCUACAAGCUGUUCGAGGUGAGUCAAGCGGGGCGCGGAGCAUCGACGGGAAUCCGACCAGGAGAGAAACCGGCAAUCUAGUCCCGCGAUAUGUAUGCUAACGUACAACCGCAGCCUCAAUAUCACUCUCAGAGGCCAAUCAUCGUCGACGCUGACGCGCUCGAAUCCCCCGAGACGGUGAUUCUCAGGUACGAGGAAGAGGCAGCUGCUAGAGCGAACGGAGGAGACCUUCGUGGGGAUUCCCCGCCUGGUCUCCUGGCUACAUCGGCAUAUUCGAAGCCCCAACCGCCCCCGAUGCAUGCAUUUGAUUCACCGAGAUCGUAUCAAGACCCUCAGUACCAAUACUCCGCCCAACAGUUUGCGGCUCAGCAAUCCGAGAAUGCCGCUGCGCAACUCAACCAGAUGGCCUUCGCGGCUAAUGGGUCGGCGAGCCCGUAUAUGGCACCGGUCGUGGCCACGGUGAUAUCGUACCAACCAACAUCCGGCCUCUUCGGAACGAAAGUUUUGGUUAAAAUCUCAGCUCCGUACGAUCUGAUCGCCGUCACGGGUCACUUUUUCCUGGCCUUCGGUUCCCACAAGAGCCCGGCACACGCUAUUAGGGACACCGGUGACGCGAGCGGAUUCGGCUACGCCGUCAGCGGCGAGGCGCCGCACCUCGAAGACACGAGGAGUCCCAGCCCCAGCGUGCCUUUAUCACUGCUGAUCGAAAACGCGAACGGGCAGACUUUGGCGACGAUUGACGUCGGCACGUUCACAUAUCAUGACACUGCGGCUGGGACGGCGGAUGGUCCGCCUGAGAGCAUCACGCGGGCCAAGGGGGGGUCGAGGUCACCUGAGCAGAGGCAGAGCCCUCCAAAGCAGGAGGACUCGGACCAGUUGAACGCGGACGCGGCUACAAAUACAUACGGCUACGCUCCCGCCGCGCACCAGGAGGUUUCAUCGAACUAUGACACCGGCUACCCAAAUAACGACAGCAUGAUAGGAACUUAUCACCGUUCGUCCUACGCGGUCGACUAUCCCCGGCCUCUGCCGCCCCCGCUCAAGACCCCUUCAUGGAGCCCUUACAGCCACUCCCUCUCGGCGGCGCGGAGCCCUGCGUCGUCGAUCAAUCACACGACGAUUACUAGAUCUAACAGUAUCACUACGCUACCGGUCCCGACAUCCAGCGCGCCGCAGCUGAUCCGAACCAGCACCCUGCAGGCCUCCGGGUCGUCUGCUGGCGGGCAGUUCAACCCCUACGCGCUCUACUCGACGAAGGCGGUCUUGAAGAUUAAUGGCGAUCUCGAGUCUAUGGUGUCGGGGUGGACGCAGGAGGAGUGGGAGAACCGGAGACGGAUCGUCAUGUUCAGCAAGAAACAGCAGGGUUCGACACUGUCGACGUCGUUCAAGCCCGUAACCGUCAACGAGCGACCGCCCAAUAGCAUCUGCAUAAGCUGCAUCUACUGGCUCGAGAAGGACGAGUGUUUCGUCACGAGCGUCGACACCAUCUCGCUGUUGGAGCAGCUUGUUGCCGCGCCGGGCCGAUUUACGGUAGAAGAGAAGAACCGGAUCCGACGAAACCUGGAGGGUUUCCGCCCCCUGACCGUCAGUAAGGCCAAGCCUGACAGCGAGGAGUUCUUCAAAGUUAUAAUGGGGUUUCCGAAUCCGAAGCCGCGUAAUAUUGAGAAGGAUGUCAAAGUGUUUCCCUGGAAGAUUCUGGGCCCGGCGCUCAAGAAGAUCAUAUCCAAAUAUUCUGCAUCUCCUUCAUCGACAUUACCCCCGGGCCCGGGCCCUGCCUUGCUCCCCCCGGUCAGCAGCACGAGCCCAGGCCUGUACGGCCCACCGCACACGCCUACCGUACCCGACAGCAGCUAUUCCCACCACGACUCUCACUCGAUGCCCUCGCCACGCUCCUUGUCGGGAGGGGGUCCGCCGGCAUGGGGGGCGUAUCCCGGCCGCACGAUCUCGCCGGGGCUCAAGUCCCACUCGCCCCAAGGCAUCCAGAUUCCCAGCCUGCCGGCCUCGUACCGACAUGCAGAUACGAGACAGCAGCCGCAGCAACACCUGCCCGCGCCACCUGGCUACGGCCUGCCAUCCCAAGCCCCGCGCUGGGACCCGACGGCGGGCGCGGCCAGCUACGGCGACGCGUCGACGGCCACCCCCAGCUACACGACAAGUCACCACCAUCACCCCAAUCAUGUGUACGGCACUGGCACGUACGGUGAUGUCAGUCACCGGGAGUAGCGGCAUGACUGGCCAGGGGAGCAUGGGGGGAGAAGGCGGGUGGGACGCCCGGCGCGCGCGCGCGCACGCGUGUGUGUCGCGGCAGCCUAAGCGUGACGGUCAGCCAUCCACCGUCAAGAGACCGAAGAAGAAGAUAAGGGUUGGCUAAUAACGCGGAAACCGAGCUGGGGCAUCCGUACCAUACCACAGCCCAAAGCAAAACCGCCUUCUCGCCACCCGCCUGGCGCUGUCGGUUCCCACUACAUCAGUACGAGGUGAAACGGGACACGAUCUGCACCACCCUGGGUUCUUUUCCUCCCCGAAGAUUGUAUGCGUAUCUGAGUGGGUGUGGAGGGUGGUGCGUGCGUCGAGGUGUGGCUCGCGAUAUGAGCCAUCUCCAGCUCGGGAAGAGUAGGGGAGUAUGCCAGUAUGCCAGGUUUACAAAGGCUUACAGGGCGGUAAAGGGAGGGGGAUGAAAAGAAGCCUUUGCGAUGAGAUGGUGUGAAUGUGUUUACGGGUGCAUUUUUAGGUGUGUGGGUGGGG